CGGAGCGCGGAGCGGAUGCGGCCAGUGCGUGGAGCAGCAGCAGCAGCAGCAGUAGCAGCAACACGAAUCUCGAGCCCCCGGGCGGGAGCGCGCCCGGAGUCUCCGGCUCGCCUUCGGGGGAAGUCCUGCGUAGACCGAGACAGCUCUUGGGGCAGACUGGCCACCUGAGCCCCGGGGAAAGGACUUCCCCUCUCCUGGGAGAGGGGGACGGGAUAUCGUCUCGCCCUUAGCCGCCUCUUGUUCCGACCCCCUGCACCACCAGCACCGCCGCCCCCCGCCGACCUCUCAGAGGGGCUCGGCACUCGAAAAGAAGGACGUUGUAAAUCAUCCCGGUGAUUGCAUAAAGCUGGAGGAUUUCUUCCUUCCAAGUUGCAACGAAUCUCUUCGUGCAAGUUCUCCCCCCCCCAGAAAAAAAGAAACCCAAAUCAAGCCAGCCAGCAGCUUGCCAGACUUGGCCCCAUCCUCUUCUUCCAGCGUUCCUUUGGGUAGUUGAGAAGCCGGUGGGUACGCGGACUUCACUUGCCUUCCCCGGUUUCCCACUUGCCCUACAGCAGCAAGCGUGUUUGAAUAACUCUCAAGUUAGGAUCUCUUCGUUUUGUCUCUGUUUCUCCUCACGCUGUGGAAGAAGGGCACCCCCUUCCCACCCACCCCCACCAGUCUCACUACUUUUGUUUUUGAGCUCACUGUUUUUCGUCCUAGACGAUCUCCUCCGUACCGUACCCAUGUAAUAAUUCUUUCCAAGAUUCUGAGCAGAACAAGGAUUUUUCUUUUCUUUACCCACCUCAUGGUGCGCUUGGGGUCUGACUUGAAGGCAACGGAAAGGAACGGCAUGGCUGAGGAGCAGCUUUAGACGGAGAUUCUCUUGCUCACACAAGGAAUUCAAGUUCUUAGUGUUCAGUUGGACAACUCCUUAGCCAUUCUGGAGAUGGACUUGCUUUCCAGGACCUACCUCUUGGCAGCCUUAUUAACCUGUAUCGUGUUUCAGUCCGGUGCCCAGGAGAAGAAUUAUACGGUGCGGGAGGAGUUGCCAGAAAAUGUCCUAAUUGGCAAUUUGCUUAAGGACCUCAACUUGACUCUGGACCCUGAUGUGCCCCUUUCGUCACCCCUGCAGUUCAAGCUUGUGUAUAAGACUGGGGAUGUUCCGCUGGUGCACGUGGAGGAGAAUACUGGAGAAAUAUUCACCACUGCCAACCGCAUUGACCGGGAAAAGCUCUGCUCUGGCAUAUUUAGUGAGAACCGCUGUUUCUAUGAGGUGGAAGUUGCUGUCCUGCCCGAUGAAGUUUUCCGACUGGUCAAGAUCAGGUUCCUGAUUGAGGAUAUAAAUGACAAUGCUCCUCUUUUUCCAUCAACGGUCAUCAACAUCUCUAUCCCUGAGAACACAGCCAUCAAUUCCCGGUAUUCUGUCCCAUCUGCUCUUGAUCCUGACAUUGGAGUGAACGGCAUUCAGCACUAUGAACUCCUUAAGCCUAAAACAGCUCCGAAAAGGACCUUUGGAUCCAUUACAAAUGAACAGGGUCAAAAUGUAUUUGGACUUGAUAUAAUUGAGACGCCGGAGGGGGACAAGUGGCCCCAGUUGAUAGUACAGCAGGUACUUGACAGGGAGCAGAAGGAUACCUAUGUGAUGAAAAUUAAAGUGGAAGAUGGCGGCAACCCUCCACGAUCCAGCACUGCUAUUCUCCAAGUAACAGUUACUGAUGUGAAUGACAACCGCCCAGUGUUCAAGGAGAAUGAUAUUGAAGUCAGUGUUCCUGAAAGUGCCCCUGUGGGCACCUCUGUCUCUCAGCUUCAUGCUACUGAUGCCGAUCUGGGCUCAAAUGCCCAGAUCCACUUCUACUUUAGCAGCCAGCUCACUACCUUGGCCAAAAGGCUGUUUGCCAUUGAUAACACCACAGGUCUCAUCACCAUCAAGGAACCACUGGACCGGGAGGAAUCUCCAGUACACAAGUUAACAGUCUUAGCAAGUGAUGGCAGUUCAACACCUUCAAGAGCAACAGUGACAGUGAAUGUCACAGACAUUAAUGAUAACAUCCCAUCAAUAGACACGAGGUACAUUAUCAACCCGGUGAAUGGGACUGUGCUUUUGUCAGAGAAAGCACCACUCAAUACUAAAAUUGCCCUCAUUACUGUAAUGGAUAAGGAUUCUGAGCUUAACGGCAAAGUUACCUGCUACACUGACCACGAUGUACCAUUCAGGUUAAAGCCUGUGUUUGAUAAUCAGUUUCUGCUGGAGACAGCCACAUUCCUCGACUACGAGGCCACCCGGGAAUAUGCCAUUAAAAUAGUGGCUUCUGAUUCAGGAAAACCACCUUUGAACCAGUCUGCAAUGUUGCUCAUCAAAAUCAAAGAUGAGAAUGACAAUGCACCAGUGUUCACACAGCCUGUCAUUGGACUGUCUAUCCCUGAGAAUAAUGCUCCUGGCACCCAGCUGACCAAGAUUAGUGCUACAGAUGCAGAUAGUGGGCGCAAUGCUGAAAUCAGCUACAUGCUGGGCUUGGAUGCACCACCCAUCUUCAACCUGGAUCGCCGUACAGGCAUUCUGACAGCAGUGAGAAAGCUGGACAGGGAAAAACAGGACAGAUACUCAUUCACUGUGCUGGCGAAAGAUAAUGGGAUGCCACCCUUACAGACCAAUGCUACUGUGACAGUUUCAGUCUUGGACCAGAACGACAACAGCCCUGCCUUCACCCAUAACGAGUAUAAUUUCUACGUACCAGAAAACCUACCCAUGUAUGGCACUGUUGGGCUGAUCACUGUGACAGACGCAGACUCCGGAGAGAACGCAGCCGUGACCUUGUCUAUAUUGAAUGGCAAAGAUAAUUUCAUUAUUGAUCCCCUCACUGGAGUCAUACGGCCUAAUAUUACCUUUGACAGGGAGCAGCAAGGUUCUUAUACCUUUCAGGUGAAGGCUGUGGAUGGAGGGAGGCUGCAACGUUCAUCAACUGCCAAGGUGACCAUCAAUGUGGUUGAUGUGAAUGACAACAGGCCUGUUUUUGUCAUGCCUUCAUCUAACUACUCGUAUGACUUGGUUCCAAUAACCACCAGCCCAGGCUCUGUAGUCACAAAGGUGUUUGCCAUUGACAAUGAUACAGGGAUGAAUGCGGAGCUUCGCUAUAGCAUUAUUGGUGGGAAUUCACGGGGAUUGUUUAUGAUUGACCAGUUAACAGGCAAUGUUACUUUGAAAGAGAAGGUCAUAUCGGCAGAUCAUGGGUUACACAGGCUAGUUAUCAAAGUCAAUGAUUUAGGACAGCCUGAGUCACUAUAUACUAUAGCACUGGUGCAUUUGUUUGUGAAUGAAACUGUCACCAAUGGAUCCUUUGUCCAAGAGUUAGUGCGCCGAAACAUGGAAACUCCAGUUGGCCAAAAUGUUGGGGAUGGUGAGAUAACCCCACAGACGAAUGACUAUGUCAAGAUCAUAAUUGCUAUCAUUGCAGGUACCAUGACAGUAAUACUGGUCAUCUUUGUGACUGCCCUGGUGCGAUGCCGUCAAACACCCAGGCACAAGGUUGUCCAGAAAAGCAAGCAGAGUGGUGAGUGGGUUUCUCCAAACCAAGAAAACCGUCAGAUCAAAAAGAAGAAGAAGAAGAAGAAGCGCUCUCCCAAAAGCCUUCUUCUCAACUUUGUGACCAUCGAAGAAUCUAAGCCUGAUGAUCCUGGCCAUGAACAUAUCAAUGGCACUCUGGACAUUCCCGUGGAGCUGGAAGAACAGACUAUGGGAAAAUAUAACUGGGCCACCACACCAACAACCUUUAAGCCUGACAGCCCAGAUUUAGCAAAGCACUACAAGUCUGCCUCACCACAGCCCACUUUCCAAAUAAAACCCGAGACUCCAGUGCCACCGAAGAAGCACCAUGUCAUUCAGGAACUGCCUCUGGAUAACACCUUCGUGGUGGGCUGCGAUUCACUCUCCAAGUGCUCCUCCAGCAGCUCAGACCCUUACAGCGUCUCUGAAUGCAGCUGUCAAGGAGGGUUCAAGACUCCAGGCUCCAUCCACACCAGACAGCUCUGAACGUCUUCGCAUCAGCUGUUAAGUACUGAAGUCGUAUACACAAUGAUGUUAAGCCAGCAAACAUGGAAAUAUGGGAAUAGCACGAGAAAGCCCUUUGUCCUCUCUCCCUGAUUGCUGAAGAAUUUUAUCGUCUGAUCUCCAGAGGGGUUUUCGAAGUGGCGGUGAACUGUUCAAGCUGCCCUACUGAAAGGUAUUCAGGGCAAGAACGCUAAGACAGAAAAGGAAAGAAAAGAAAGACAAAGAGAGACUUGAGAACAUUGUGCUAUAAGUGUUCGAUAAUGUAGGGUUUUUCCCUAAGGCAAAAUAAGUGAUAUUAACCAUCACUGGGUGUGAAUGGUGGUAACUAUAUAAGAUAUAUCUUUUUAUUCUCUUAUGUUGCUGAAAGCCACUUUGUCCUUAAUGGACUAAUGCCCUUAACUUAUUUACGCUGAGGAUAUCUGUUGUCCCUGCUCCCCUCCCUUAUAGCAGGGAUGGGGAACCUGUUCCUUUCCAGGUGUUGCUGGACUGCAACUCCCAUCAGCCCCACCCAGCAUGCCCAGUGGUUAGGGAUGGUGAGUUGCCUAGUCCAGCAACAGUGAAGGGCCACAGGUUCCCCAAUCCCACCUUCUGCCUUCUAUCCCAUAUACAUGAUGAUAAAGGAGCAAUAACUUUUAGGCAUAUACAUAAAAAAAGACAAAGUAAAGUUAUCUAUACUCCCUGCAUUUCUUGGUAA